AUGAAUAGGGCAACCAUUCUAACAUGUCCAAAAACACCAUUAAAAUGUCUUUAUAUUUUCUAUAACCAAUAUGAAUCUACAAGUGCCACUGGUCGGCUAAAAAAGACUGGUGAAUGGGAAAGUCGAUAUCCUCUAGCAGAGUUAUUGACAGGUGCAUUGCUUUACAAUAUUACUCAAAAUGCUACUUUCUGUGAAAUAAAUCUUCUAAUUUUAGCAAGAAAUCAUAUCAUUUACGAAUUGGUGAAAGAAACAUUGUGA